UAUUCACUUCCGUAAACAAAGGGUUUACUUCCGGUCGUGAACACAUGCGCUAGUCGGGCAGUUCUUUUUCAAAACACUGUAAUAACUGUACAAAAGACAUUGAAAUUGUCCUUAAACCUUCGACUACUAAUUAGCAUACCGAAUACAGAUGAAACCAUUUCGUCUUUUCCUCUUGAGCUGGAUCUUCUAGCGUAAGGACAGCUAAGUAACCAAGCUAAGUAGCCAAACAAGCGUUAACGUUACUUUUUCUCAUGAGUGCGGGGAAAUAUGGAGAUAGACGCUCGGGACUUUUUGAACUCUCCUCCGGUUAAGACCGUCAGAUUUGGAGGCAGUGUUGCGGAAACGUUAGCUAAACACAAACAGGGAGACUCGAGUGACUACGAGCUGCUGAAACAUCAGCUGGCUGAUCCUGAUAUAAGGGAUGCUCAGAUCAUCAACUGGCUACAAGAGUUUCGGAGUUCUGUGACCCAGCUGACCAAGGACCAUGAACAGCUCAUCUACACUAUCUUGAGGCUUCCGUGGGUGGGCCGGAGCCAGGCUGUGGUGGAGGAGUACAUGGCCUUCCUGGGGAACCUGGUCUCAGCCCAGACUGUGUACCUGUGCGCCUGCCUCAGGAUGGUCGUCUCCCACUUCACGCCCAAGAGAGUGACCAUCUGUGAAGCGGGGGUGGAUAUCUCGGAUUCAGAUGACGAAGAUGAAAACCUCCCCCGAAACUUUGAUCAGUGUCACCAGGCGCUGCAACUCAUCACCAGAUACGUCCCAUCCACGAGUCGCUUUCUGAUGCCCAUUCUUCAUGAGAACUUCCCCUUUAUACAGAAAUCCUCCAGAACACUGGAGUGUUACGUCCACAACGUCCUGAGGGUGACCGUGUACAUACCGUCAAUUCGACGAGACGUUCUGGAGUUGAUCAUCGGAAAGAUGCUCAAACUGGAUGUGAGUGCGUCCCGUUCAGACAUCGAGGAGGCAGAAGAGAACGCGGUGCAGAACCAGCGGGCGAAGGAACCGACUGAGGAAGGACUCUUUGACAUGGACGAGGACAUGUCGGCAGAUGGUCCCUGUAGGACGACUGUGAUGGCCCACCCGGUGGCUGACAGGCUGGACAGUCUCAUGGCGGUUCUGAUGGCUUAUAUCAAGGACUUCUGCCACAUCAAUGGCUCUCUUAGUGUGGAAAGGACUAAGGAUCUGUACAGAGAUUUGUUGAGCGUGUUUGACAAGCUCAUUCUGCCAACACAUGCUUCCUGCCAUGUCCAGUACCUACUCUUUUACCUCUGCAGCUUCAGAGUGGCGUUGGCCGAGGCCUUCCUGGAUCACCUGUGGAAGAUCCUGCAGAGUCCCUCUCAGCCUGCUGUCCUGCGCCAGGCUGCUGCUGGAUACCUGGGGAGCUUCCUGGCCCGGGCCAAGUUCAUCCCUGUGCUCACUGUGCGGGGCUGUCUAGACCUGCUGCUCUCCUGGACCCAUCGCUACAUUGACAGCCAGGACAGCAGCGGCAGGCAGGCCUGCUGCGACAUCAGCCUGCAUGGGCCCUUCUACACCGCCUGCCAGGCCAUCUUCUACACACUCAUCUUCAGACACAGAGCCAUGCUGGAGGGCAACAUGAAGAAAGGUCUGGAGUACCUGCAGAGUCUGAACCUGGAGCGGCUGGUGAUGUGUCAGCUGAACCCCCUUAAAGUGUGCCUGCCUGCAGUCACCAGCAUGUUUGCUGCCAUCACCAGGACGUAUCAGGUGGUGUUCUGCUACACCAUCAUAGAGAGGAACAACCGCCACGUGCUGCCGGUGGUCCGCAGCUCUGCCGGGGGGGACAGCGUGACCACCAACACCAACCCUCUGGACAGCUUCUUCCCCUUCGACCCCUACCUGCUCAGGAGGUCCGGUCAUCUGAUUGAGCCUCUGUACCAGGUCUGGGAGGAACUAUCGGAUGCAGAGCUGCUUCCCACCAAAACAGGACAACAGGGCUCGCGGGAGGACGAGGACGACUUCCUGUGCGGGGAGACGCCCCAGACCGAGGGCAUUGUGGGAAUGACCCCCAGCUCCUACGACUCGAGCCUCCGCAGCCCGAGCGGCGUGGGUUCCCCCCCCAUCGGCUUCCAGAGACCCUGAUCGUGCACAUUACGUUCACUUUCUAAAGAUUCAAGCACAAACUGGAGAAGACACGAGCCAGUCACACUUGGAAGAGCUGUGACGGAUCUAUUCAUCCAACAACAGUCAUCUGUGUUAAUAAUGAAUGUAAAAGUUCAGUGUUUUAUUUUCGGGGGGAAAUUAUAGGUCUACACAAUCAAGACUGAACUUUUUCAAGUUAUGAUCAGUCACAGUUCAGGCCAUGUUGGCAUGUGCAAAAUCUGUGCAGAAACUCCAGUGGAAGCAACAGUAUCAGUGAGAGACUCCAUAUGAUCAGAGGACUCAUAGACUGGUGCAGCAUUAGUCUCUUUGUUCUGCAUGGGAGAAAAUUCAGCUCAGUUUGAAUUGAGCUUGAUGCGUUGUUAUAUAGCGUGUGCAGUUUUGAGGCAAUUGUAUUUGUUUAUUUGUGAAAACUCAUCAUGCUGAAGCCUGGUGCGGAGAGAAAGGUGAGAUCCGAGAGCUUUGACUCUGCAUCAUAUGGGCUGCAUCUCCUAACCCUUAAAUUGCCUCCCCGACUCCUCCACUUUGCCUCCUUUCCUUGCGUCUUAGUCCCUCCCACCGAGAAGGCACAGGAGAGACGUGAGGAAAUCAUAGGAGGAGAGAGGCAACGAGCAAAUGUGUUUUAGAGGGAUGAGACGUCCUUUCCUCCGAAGCGUCACAUGAAUUCGUCAGCUGUGUGGGCGGAGUCAGCAACAGCUUUCAGCUGCACGGCUUCCAGGAAGCCUGCUCUCUGUAUCCUCGCUCAUAGCUCCAUGAUGAUCCCUCCGCGACGCUCGCACCUCGUGGCAGAAAUAAGAGCUCUGAGAUGGCCUUCAUGGAGGAGGGACAGAACGACUUCCGGUUCAGCCGAGGACUGAGGAGUCGAGGAGCUAUCACGUAAGGGUUAUGAGAUGCAGCCAGUCUGCAAUACAUGCACCCUUGGAUCAUCACGACGAUAUCAUGUUUUUAAUAUAAAAUUGAAAACCGUGUUUAUCAAGCUGCCAGCAACUCCAAAGCCUAAUAGGGAGGUGCAUAUGUGUUGUUUUCAAUGUUAAUAAUAAUAAACUCUUAUUUAAAUUCAAA